ACUCACAUUUAGCUUUCCAGUCCACUUUCAACCGCCAAACUCUCCGGUUUAUUAUUUUCAGUUACAGUAUUUUUUAAAAAUGUUUUAAUAUUUUUUAUUUUACAAUAAUUAAAUAAUAAAAAAAUGUGCAGUAAAAUAAAUGUAAUGACACAAUUUAUCAGUGCGCCAAUUCAGUCUGUUAAUUUUGCUCUAGAAACUUGGAGAAGGCCUUCGGUAGUCAGUAGUGCUCUGGUGAUCAUCAUUCGUCGUUAUUGAUAUAAUUUUAAUAAAACUUUUUUAAAUAAAAAAAAAUGUCACAAUCAAUACCGGGAUAUUGUUACACAAAUCCAUCGUUUUGCCGGCAAUCGGAGCAGAUACCAGAUGAUCAUGGUGAUGAAUUGCCACCGCCGCCACAGUUUCAAGAACCCGAUGAACUUCCGCCACCUCCGCCUCUACCACUGGGCUCAACUACGGUAACAACAUCAGUUCACAUUCAGCAACCACAAAAUUAUGGCCAGGGACACGCUAAUCCUGGAUUCCCAACGAGAUCUGAUCCCGACGCUAUUGAAUUAGAUCGUUAUACGAAACCAACAACUGAUCGUUAUUGUUAUUUAGACGAAAAUAAAAAGAAAGAUAUCAUUCAGGAGAGAUGUAUUAUUUAUGAUCGGAAUACUCGAUCGAGAUAUGAAUACAUUGAAGAUGAUGAACCUCCUCCUCCACCUCAACCACGACUUGAAAGAAGAGCUUCUUUAACACGGUUUGAAUUAAUGAACCACCGUAAAAAUUAUCAAUUCAUUCGCCAAGGAAGCUAUCAUGGACAGCAGCUGCAAGCUCUUGAGGAUCGUAAUGUAAACCAAAGAGUCCGUCGUUAUCGCCAAGACGGAAAUGACCGUUAUGCUUUGGUGCCUGCAGAUGAGGGUGCCAUAGAUGUAGAAUCCAGUUCUUGGAUAAACGCCGGACAUUCUUCCCCUCGUGGACGUUACGCAAGGGUACCCAUGCAAGAUGAUGAACCUCCAGUAUUACCAGAUCGCAAUAAUGUUAGCAUUCAGCCAGAGCUAAGAAAUAAUAAUAAUAACAAUAGUUUUUCAUCAAGAAAUAAUCUUGCAACGCAAAAACUACACGAGAUAUUGACUACACCAAGAAAACCACGAUCUAAAUCUGAAGAUCGUAAUUUAUCACCUGGUAAAAUUGACCGGGGAACGCCACACAGAGGAGGUUCUCAAUUUACUCCGCCUAUCAGUGCAACUACAUCGCCAACAGCUCGAGGAAUAGUGGCAGGUUCAAGUCAAAGAGAAACGCCAAUAGGUACACCUCAACGGGCAUUAUCACCAUUAAGGAUUCCCCAAACGUCUACACCGAACAAAGAAACACCUUCAGCACGCAGAUGUCUUCCCCUUAAUGAACAACAGGACAUCUGUCCAGCGAGUAAUUGUGGUCGUACACGAUAUUCACAACGUCGCGGUGGAACAACAUCUUUAGCGACUUUCCCUACAGAAUUAUCGCAAUUCAGUGAACCACCGCCACGUUAUGCAUUCUUGGAAUCAAACUCCGAGUCCAUGCCAAUGGUUAUUGGAUCACCAAAGUAUCAAAUAUUGUCAUCACGUUCUGAAUCACAGGCGCAACUAAAAAGGAAUCCGUAUCAGAGUAUUGAAAGUGCAUUUAUUGCAAGAACAGCCGUAGUACCUCCAUUAUCACCACCAAGCAGUGACGCUAAUACGACAUUAGCCAGUGGGUUAGAAAAGAAUGAAAGAAAAAGUGCACCUUUGAUCCUCGUAUUAGUUGGCAUUUUGACUUGUGGACUAGCACUUUAUUUGUCAUGGACACAAGGACGCCAGUAUUAUUUGGAUAGUGCGGCUGGUUGCGGGGUAUGUUGUGCACUGGCAGGAGCUUGCCGCAGUCUUCGACGUCCUUGGACAGGAUUAGGUCUUGCUGGAUUAUCAGCACUCAGCUGUGGUGGAUUAUUGUUGCUUGCUGUUAAGUCACCUCGUACAGGAACUCCAUUGCAUGAUAUUACUGCCGGGGCACUUUGUGGGGUUUCUUUACUUGGAGCUGCUCUGGCUCUAUUGGCUCUGCUUGCACCCAGAUGCAACCUUGGUCGUCAUCGUCGUGUCCACUCUUGGAUGCCACGAUUUUCCCCAUAAAAUACUCAAAAUUUUAUAAAUAUAAAAAUAUAAAUUAAGUGUUUUUAAGUCAUUACAUUAUAUUAUUGUCAAUUUUAAUGAUAAUUAUCAAUAAGCAUUAAACACUAUUGUUUUGUAUAAAGUACUAAAAAGUUUUUUAA